AUGUCCGCUUUCGUGGCACUUUCCUCGGCCAGCUCGGCCCCGGUGGAGAGGGUCCAGUCCUUGCGCGGCGCUGCCGGCGAGGCGCCAGCGCCUCGGGCCUCGUCCACGUUGUCUUCGCCCUCGGCUUGCGCCGUGGCUGGCGUCGCCGCGCUGGGUGCCGUCGCCGCAGCAAGCCAAAGGCGCAAGCACCGUGCGGCCCUGGCCAAGGGCAGCAACGUCAAGAUGCAGCGCAUGCCUCGUUCGUUGGCGAACGCAAAGGUGAUCGUCUGCGCGGGUGCGACCCUCCCUGAAGGCCGCAAGCUCCGAGUGGCAGUGAUCGGUGGAGGCCCCGCAGGUGCCAGCUGCGCAGACGCCCUUGCUGAGGAGGGAAUCGAGACUUACCUGAUCGAGCGCAAGUUGGACAACUGCAAGCCGUGCGGUGGUGCGAUUCCGCUGUGCAUGAUCGACGAGUUCGGCCUUCCCAAGGACAUUGUGGAUCGGCAGGUCCGAAAGAUGACGAUGAUCUCGCCCACAAACAAGGAAGUCCAGAUUGGUCAGACGCUGAAGGACGACGAGUUCAUCGGCAUGGUUCGCCGCGAGGUGCUUGAUGACUUCCUCAGGCAGCGGGCCAAGAAGAACGGCGCCACGCUCAUCAACGGGCUCUUCAUGGGUAUGACCCUCCCUCAGCAAAAAGAUGACCCGUACGUCCUCACGUUCAACGACUAUGCCGAGGAAGCGGGCAACGCACGCAAGGGGGUGAAGAAGACGCUGGAAGUCGAUGUUGUGAUUGGCGCGGAUGGGGCCAACAGCCGCGUUGCCAAGGACAUUGAGGCGGGGGAUUAUGAGUAUGCCAUUGCCUUCCAGGAGCGCAUGCGCAUCCCGGAGAACAAGAUGGACUACUACAAGGAUCGAGCCGAGAUGUACGUCGGCGACGACGUUUCCCCCGACUUCUACGCGUGGGUCUUCCCGAAGUGUGAUCACGUCGCUGUCGGAACCGGAACGGUUGUGGACAAGAAGGGCAUUCAGAAGUACCAGCAGGGCAUUCGUGACAGAGCAGCCGUUCGCAUCGAUGGCGGUGAGAUCAUCCGAGUGGAGGCGCACCCCAUUCCUGAGCACCCGAGGCCGUGGCGCGUGAAGGAUAGGGCGAUCCUGGUCGGUGAUGCGGCUGGAUACGUGACCAAGUGCUCCGGUGAAGGCAUCUACUUUGCCGCCAAGAGUGGACGGAUGUGUGCGGAGACCAUCGUCAAGAACUCGAAGAACGGGGUUCGCAUGAUCGAUGAGGCGGACCUCAUGGAGCACAUCCGCGAGUGGGAUUCCAAGUAUGGGCCCACAUACCUCGUGCUGGACCUGCUCCAGAAGGUUUUCUACACCAGCGAUGCUGCUAGGGAAAGUUUCGUGGAGCUCUGCGAGGAGGAGUACGUGCAGAAGGUAACCUUCGACUCGUACCUGUACAAGACCGUGCAGGGCAACGACCCCGUGGGCGACCUGAAGCUUGGAUGGAAGACCCUCAGCUCCCUCUACAAGUUCAACAACCAGAAGACGCCGGCCGAAGAAGGCGCGCUUGAGGAGAAGAUUCGAUCUGACCUGGUCAGUUUGGAUGGUCGCCUGGAGCACCUGGGUGGCGACGUGGGCACCUAUUUGGCUGCAACGGAGGAUGUUGGAGCCUCUGUGCUUCGCCAGCCGCUGACGGCUUUGCGGCCUCGGAAGCUGCAACUUGUGAAUCUUGUGACGGAUGCCACCUGCGAACUCUGUGUGUUUCAUGAUGACGUGAGCUUGAGGGGCCUCAGUGAUGACGACAGGAUGUGGGAGAUCAUCAAGAUGAGCUUUCUGCAAGUCGCCCAAGUGCUGGACAGCGUUGGGCUGGUGCACUACUUGGAGUACUUCUUGCAGCGUGGCAUUCUCGGGGCAAAGCACAUGCGCUUACUCACACUGCAGUACGUGCAGACAAAGAUGCCCAGAAUCUCUGAUCCGGAUGAGCAAGCAGCGAUUGUGGAUGCAGCUGCGAUUUGCAUGCAGGAUGAGGACAACCGCUUCUUUGAGGCAAGGUAUGGCGACAUUGACCGGUUAGUGCUGGAUUGCCAGCAUGCCCGCCGAUUUCUUUCAGAGAAGACCAUUCACGAGAAGUGGUUGCUGGACCAGUACGACUUGACAGCCCCAUUGCAUGAUGACACAAGCAGCUCCAUCGUGAAGUGGCAUGUGCCAAAAGCAGAUAUGGAUUCUUUCAAUGAUCAUGAAGAUUGGGUGGCCGCGACUGGCUGCGAUGGCUUUAUGUUUCUUUGGCCUGUCAUUCCUGGAAACCGAGUUCCUCCUAUUGUGAGGUGCAGAAUGGUCCACUCCAUGCCAUGCAUUGAUUUUGUGGUUGACUGGCAGACCAUGCAGGCGGUUACCUGUGGUCUUGACAACAAGAUAGCACUCUACAGUUUCGGGCAGGAUAAGAUCCAGGGAACAUUUCGCGACAAGCACACAGAGUCGCAGGGCUUCUUGUGCAUUGAUGCCAAGAUUUCACACGAAAUGGCAGCUGCUGGAACUAACUUCGGUUACGUCAAGCUCUUGGAUAUGCGGAGCGAAGAGUUCAUCUUGUCUUUGCCUAUCCAUACCGAUCAUUGCAAGGGCGUGCGUGUGGACUGGGAUGCCAGAUUUGCUGUAUCUUGCUCCUGGGACAGCUUCGUGCACCUUUAUGACCUGCGCUCGGCAAAACUCAUUCACAAGUUUGUUGGCCACAAUGCCAAUUGCAGUUCCCUCUAUGUGGACUUCGAGAACUACGUGGCAGCAUCAACAGCGAAUGAAUACAAGUUCUUUCUUUGGGACUUAAGGAAUUAUCGUCAGCUAACAUUAUGUGAGACCCCUGGUCACAAUCCGAACUGCCUGAGCAUGGAUGUAUCAAGCGGCAGAGUUGCUACCGGUUCGGAUGAUGGACUUGUGAAGAUCUGGAAUCUGAAGGGUGGGACACCCGUGUGGGAGUCCUCCAUUGAUUGCAAGCACGAGAUGACCAUCGCCAUCGAUGCCGAUUGGGACGCGAAGCGCAUUGCGACCGCUUCCUGGGAUUACAACGUUGACCUCUGGGACCUCGAGACCGGCGACUCGGCUUGGUCUCCAGAGGAUGGCCAGCUUCAUGCGGAGGCCAUCAAGAACCACCUUGGCAAGGUGAAGACCUUGCUGACGAUGGGCAAGGCCGACACUCUGAGAGGUAUUGGGGGUGACAUUCACUUGUUGAAGGAGGUGCACGAGGCGGCGCUCCAACAAGCGCAGCAGGCAGCCUCAAAGCUGAAGGACAUCCAAAGCAAGAGGAUGGCUUCGACAGAUGCCAAGCAGAAGGUCCAAACUGUUGUGGAUCAAUCACAAACGGUCAAGGACUAUGCUGCUGCAGGCAGUUCGCAGAGCCAGCUGCUCUUCGUGUUGAUUGUCGUUUGCGUCUCGGUCCUUGGCGCCAUGUUCUUCAACAGGAUGCGAUACUACGAAAAGAAGCACUUCAUCUGA